UCUUUUUGGUUUUUUAUAUCUUCCAUGCAGCUAGAGGAGGAAGCCCGUUUGCAACUUCCUGUCUGUUACAGAUGAAAUAACAAGUUGUUGCACUAUAUUUAGCAAAAAUAAUAAUCUAUCUAUUUACAAAGACAUGAAAAGUGAGUCAUGAGAUUCAAAGUGGUGUAUGAGCAUUCCAGAUCAGAGCCAACAAGUCUCUUGCAUCUCCUGAGUCAACGGUCCAUCAUCUGCGAGUAGACAUAUAAGUUAUAAUGGCUGAAUUGGCAAAGGAAUUGCUAAAAGAAUUUGCAAAAGAUGGGGCAAAAGGAGCCUUGGACUACAUUAUGGGGAAGCGUAGUUCAUGGAACAACAUGGAUAAUAAUUUCGACAUGAUGAUAACUGCUGCAGAAAAGCUCCAGGCAAAAAGGGACGAUCAUGAGAGGAUGGUGGAACAAAAUAGAACAAAAACAACCAGCAGAUGCUACAAAAAGUGGCUUAGCAGCGUUGCAGAGACUCUUAAACAAGUGGAAACAUUAAGAGCUGAAUAUGAUAGUGUUCAAUCCUCAGAUUGGAUACGCCAGUCAAAUUAUAGUGGCAAGGCCACUUAUAUUUGCCAGACAGUUGAGAGACUUGUGGAAGAGGGACAUUUUCAAGGAGGAUUUUUGGUAGAUAAGCCUCCAGAAGCCAUCUUAAAGUCGAAUGCACCAGACCUUGAAGGAUUUCCUACCCUCCAAAGAUCAUUACAAGAAAUACUGGAGUUGCUAAGAAGUGAUAAACUAAAAGGAAUCGGUAUUUUUGGCACAGUGGGAGUUGGGAAAACAACAAUAAUGAAGAACUUGAAUAACCACGAAGAAGUUGCCAAAAUGUUUGAUAUAGUCAUUUGGGUAAAUGUUUCAAGGGAGAGGAAUGAUGAGAAACUGCAACUGAACAUUGCACAGCGACUUAAACUGAAGAUGGAAGGUGCUAUGUGCUCUGGUGAACUUGCAAGGAUCAUAUCAGAAGAGAUGAAGGAUAAGAAGUAUUUGCUGCUUCUAGAUGAGGUCAUGGACUCCAUUGAUUUGCACCAGAUUGGAAUCCCAGAUAAUGGUAGCGGUAGCAAAGUGGUCUUGACUACUGAAUUCCGUCAUGUUUGUUCAUCAAUGACAGAAAGAUUGGUCAAAGUGGAUCGAUUGUCUUCAGAUGAGGCAUGGAGGAUGUUUCAACAGAUAGCAGCUGAUAAAAUAGAUCUCCCUGAUGUUGAACCGGUUGCUCGGCUGGUAGCUGAUGAGUGUGAUCGACUCCCUCUUGUAAUCAGAACAGUGGCAAGUUCAUUCAAAUUGAAGGAAAGUGAUUCUGAAUGGAGGAAUGGAUUGAGAGAACUUGAAAAAUGGCCAGAAAUUGAGAUUCCAGGCUUAACAAACAUGCAUGCAUUCCUUAAGUUUUGUUAUCAUGAACUGAAGGAUGAGAAGAAAAAGAAAUGCUUUCUGUAUGGUGCAUUAUAUCCAGCUGAUAGCAAGAUAUAUGUUGAUCAUUUAGUGGAAUGUUGGGCUGCUGAAGGACUCCUUGGCACUAUUGAUGACAGGCGGAAAUUUCGAGAUGCACGUGAUGAAGGACGUGACAUAUUGGGACAUCUAGUCAAUGUGUCAUUGCUCGAGAAAGGUGAGAGAAUGAUCUAUGUUCAAGUGAACAACAGUGUCCGACAAGUUGCCUUAUACAUUUCCUCACAAGAGCCUGAUUGCAAAUUCAUUGCUCUAAAAGGUGAACAUUCAUCUUAUCCUCAAAAUGUUACAGAUUGGCAAGAGGCAAAAAGGAUCUUUAUGAUUGAAGGAAAACUGCAUGAGUUGCCACAAAACCCAAACUGCAACAAUCUUUUGUCACUAUUGCUUCAAAGAAAUCCCAGUUUGGCUACUAUCCCACCAUCAUUUUUUCAGAACAUGCAGAAACUUCUAGUUUUGGACUUGUACCGAACAGGAAUAGUGUCACUGCCAUCAUCUGUAUCAACACUGACUAGGCUUAAGGCUCUUUUCUUAAAUGAUUGCCCCAGCAUAACAAGAUUGCCUCCCCAAGUUGCAGAACUUUGUUUUCUUGAGGUGCUUGACAUUCGAGGCUGCAAGAUAAUUUUCAUACCUCCUCUUAUCGGAAAAUUAGUUCACCUGAGGUGCUUGCGGAUGUCCUACCAUAAAUGCAGCAAUAUAGAAGACUUUCGCGAUAUGGAAAUUGAUUACAAGGUGAUUUCAAGACUUCUAAGAUUGGAGGAACUAAUGAUUGAUGUGACCUCCUAUGGCCAUUGGUGCCUCGAUGUUGCAAGAAUUGUACGGGAGGUGGCUUCCUUAGAGAAUUUAACUACUCUCAGAAUAUGCUUUCCGCAGCCAGAGAUCCUCAGAAUGUUAAUGGAAAGCAAUCCAUCAUGGAGGGAUAGCAAACAAUUAACUUCAUUUUGGUUUUUUGUUGGCUGUCAAAACAAGAGCAAUCCUCCAAUUCUUGAAUGUUUUGAGUACAAAGUAAAUCGAUAUAUGAGAUACUGCUAUCCUGGCAACAACGAUUCCACAAUUCGUGAUGUCCUUCCUAAAACUGAUGCAUUGGAAUUGAUUGGCCACAAGAACAUCAAAUGUCUAUCAGACUUCAUGAAUGUUGCCAGCCUGAACCAUGUUCGUGGUUGCCUGAUUGAGCGAUGCAAUAAAAUCACAAGUAUUAUAGAUGCCGAAAGGGAAGGAGAAAUAGACAUUCUACCGAUCUUGGAACAGUUACAUUUAAGGAAUUUGCUCCUUCUGGAUAGUAUCUUUGAAGGCCCCAUUUCAGGAAAAAGCUUGUCAAAACUACAUACUAUUGUAGUGAAGUAUUGUCCAAUGUUGACAAAGCUAUUUUCCAAUGGGGUGAUUCAACAGCUCCCAAAACUCAAAAAAUUGGUAAUGGAAAGCUGCUCUGAGAUAGAAAAGUUGAUUGAGCUUCCAAGUCUAGAGAUUUUGGAACUGGUUGGCAUGCUGAAAUUAAGAACUAUAUCUGGGGAUGAGUCGUUGGCAUGGCCCCAGUUAAAGGUGCUUAAGAUAUUUGGAUGUCCCGAGGUGAAAUCACUACCUUUCAGUAAAACCAAUGCAACGAAGCUAAAAUUAAUAGAAGGAGAACAAAUAUGGUGGGAAGAAUUGCAGUGGCGAGACAGUGAGGUUAGAGACCACCUUCAAUCCUUCUGCAGCCUCAGGUGAAUGUUUCUUCUGGUUAUUCUAGUUUGCACUGCUGUAAUGACAACAAUUAAGAACAACAUAAGAUUUUAACUGCUUUAGUUUGACUGGAUGUUGUAGCUUCGUAGUGUUAACAGCUGUUGGAUUUGGAGAUUCCUCAUAUUUUUUUAGCCAAGGACAUGUUGGACUUUGUGUU